CUUAGCUCUCUUUCAUCUCUGUCCCCCUCAUCUGAUGUCAGGCUUAUUAAUGACACAAGUGAUGCUGUAUUUACAUUAACGACUGCAUGACAAUCUUGCCAUUCCUCCUACCCCCUCCCUUGUCUCAUCAUGACAUUAUACACACAUGCACACGUACACACACACACAAUACCAGACAAAUCCAUUCUCUAAUUUAGCCGCAUAUCGUAAACACACUCAGCUACAGCGUAUCAAAUGUACAAGCAAGGAAGCAAGACACCAAGACAGCAACAUUUACCAGAUUCUUCACCAGGUUUCACCAGAAUCUACAUCCCGGCUUCUGUAUAAGAACGAGAAUGUUGCUGAGGGUAAAGGCAGUCUAGAAAACUGCAUACACCGUCUGCCCCGUGUGACACAUCUCAUCCAAUCAGCACACUGGGUUGGAGCAUGUGACCUGGAUCUCUGCGAUUCGUUUGGCUUCACUUGUGAUUAUGCCAGCUAACACCCUGUAAAAAUAAGAGAAUGGAAAUAUCUGCAUACUCCCCCGACUGCCUCCCAGCUUUCCCUGAGCUCGACGCACUUCAUCCUCCCAAACAGCAGGAGGCUCUCUCCCCGGAUGAGCCGCUUCCCUCUCCUCUGAUCAUGCAGGACUGCAGCCCUGGGGCGAUGUCCCCUGAGGACAGAGAGACACUGGAACCCUUCCCCCCUCACCCAGCUUUCCUCCUGGGGGAACCAGAUGAAGACCCAAGCUUGGACAGCCCUGACCCGGAAGAGAUCCUCGCUCUGGGGCUCCAGAACUCCUGCCCCAGCCCGCCAGGGCCCCUCUCAUUAGGGGUGCAGGAAGGCAGCACGGUCCCUGCUGGGAUUCUAGGCUUUGGCAUCCCGUGUUUCAGUCCCAGGGCUCUGGAAGCUGCCAUGUCCUUGGAUGGUGACCGGGACCCCAGUUUUGAUGACGAAUUGGAUCUCCAGCAGUUUCACAACGGCCAGGGGGGCGUGGCAGACUCUGUGGACAGCGAGGGCAACCCCAGAAGGGCGCGGAAGUACCCGUGCAGGGUGUGUGGGAAGCGCUUUCGCUUCAACAGCAUCCUCUCGCUGCACAUGCGCAUCCACACAGGAGAGAAGCCCUUUGUUUGCCCCUAUUGCGGCCACCGAGCGGCCCAGAAGGGCAACCUGAAGAUCCAUUUAAGGACCCACAGACCCGACACUGGGGAUGACGUGCCAGGGGACCCAGGAAUGAAAGCGAACGAUGGAAGCCCAAUCCUCGUGGAGUUGGUAGAACGAGCCAGCCAGAGAGGACAGAGUCUUACCAAAGCUAUUGAAACUCCUCCCCCAGUGCCUCCGGCUGUUCUAUCUCCUCCCUCUCCCUCUCCCUCUCCCCUCACUCUGUCCGGCUUCCGCUGCACGUCCUGCAAGGGGAAGUUCCGUACGGCUGCAGAGCUAGCACGCCACGUGAGGAUCCUCCACAACCCGUACAAGUGCAGCCUCUGCUUCUUCUCCGCCGCCUUGGAGGAAGACCUGGUGGCGCACGUGGCAGGAGAACAUCUCGCCGGAUUAGCAGAACCAGCAGCCGUCGAGACGCCCAUGAUCGCCUCCGCUCCACAGCCACCACUGCCCCCUCCCCUGGCCGCGUUGCCUCCUGCUUUCAAAUGCGAGGUGUGCGGCCAGGCCUUCACCCAGUCCUGGUUUCUGAAGGGACACAUGCGGAAGCACAAGGAUUCCUUGGAUCACAAAUGCCAAGUCUGCGGAAGAGGCUUCAAGGAGCCCUGGUUUUUGAAGAACCACAUGAAGGUCCACCUCAACAAGCUGGGACUCAAAGGGAACGUGACUGGCGGCGGGAAUCAAGGAAAAGGAGACUCCAGCAAGGCAGCCCGGCGGCUCACAGGAGAGCAGGCCUAUGGAGCCCUGUAUAAGGGGCUGCUGUUGGCUGGAGGAAGAGGCAACCAAGAAAGGGAGGCUCUGAGCAAGCUCCUAGCACCAGGGCCCAGCGGUGGAGAAGCUGGGAAAAGCCCCCUUCUGGGUUACCUCAAUCUCGCCCAGCCGUCGGAGGGUGGCAGCUGCGUGGAACGUCUCCAAGCAGCUGCCCAGGUGGCGGAGAUGGGCGGUGGAAGCCACGCAGUGUGGCAGCUGGUGGCCCGGAGCUUAGCAGCAGCUCAGCAGCAGAAGAACAGCUCAGUGGCAGGAGAAGCGGAGCAGGUCAGGGCCUACCUUGGGGGUCUCUUGGGAGGGGAGUCUUCAGCCCAGCCCCCCUGGGAAUGCCCGGAUUGCGGGAAGCUCUUCAGGACACUGCAACAGAUCGUGGCCCAUGCCAGGGUGCACGCCCGGAGGCCACAGAACGGGGGUGAGGGUGCAGCACAGAGGGACAGAGAGGAGUGGGCUCGCACAGGAUUAGCUUUCGGGUCCCUGGCUGCUCUCAAAGCCAGUGCCCAGGGUUCGAGUCAAGCUGGAGGGAAUCUUAGAGCAGCAGGAGGAGAAGGAGCAGGUAGCUAUCACCCACCACUGUCUGUGUUUCAAGGAGAGAAUGGACUCCAAGACAGAGGCUCCAGCCCCGGCCCAGCGCAGGGAGAGAGAAUCAGAGGGGGUGCUGGGAAGGACUGUCCCUACUGCGGAAAGACCUUCCGAUCCUCCCACCACCUCAAAGUGCACCUCAGAGUCCACACAGGGGAAAGACCUUACAAGUGCCCACAUUGUGACUAUGCUGGCACCCAGUCUGGGUCCCUCAAGUACCAUCUCCAGCGGCACCACCGUGAACAGCGCAAUGCUUCCGCAGAGGGGCACGCCUCGGCUCGGGACCUGGGCACCAAGAGGUCCACCUUUGGACGGGCAGAUUUCAGGAGCCGAGGCCUAAGUGUGUCAUCUGCUGCCAAUUUCUCUGGAAAGACCAUGUCUCCACAGUGGCCAGGGAAGCCCUCACCUCAGAGGACAACCUCUACACAACCUGAAGACAAGCAGACUGGCCUGGCAGAAUUCAACAAGGUGUUCCAGAGCCUUUCUGAACACGAGGGGGGUUUUCAAGGUUUCCAGGAUCUCCAGCCAUUCCGGAAUCACUCAAGAGAAGACCCACAGGGGGGAUCCAAAAGGGCCAAGCUUGUCCCUCGACCCCAAGUGUCCAGGAGGAAACCACGGACUACCAACAAGAUCCCGGCGGUCACAACCAACGGCAGGGCUGAAUUCGAGCCCUUGGACUUGUCCCGAAGGCCUUCACAGGAAACCCCAGAUGACGUGACCCUCCAUCACUGCCUCUUUUGUCCCUUUACCACUUCUUCUGUUGAGCUGAUGGCAAUGCACCUUCAAGUCAACCACACUAGCAAGUCGAGGAGGAAAGAGAGGGAGAGGAACCUGGAAAGGAGCCGGGCCCGUGACCAGCAGACAUCCUGGGCUGGUUAUGGCUUGUCCCUGCUAGCAGCACAUGGGUGGAAGCCCGACAGGGAAAGAGAAGAGCAGCCGGACAACUCUUCAACUUCAGAGAUGGAUGUCAGCCAAGGCUCUUCUUGCUUGAGGGAUGUCGGUCAAGCGAAUAGGAUGUUGAGGGAGUUCCCUUUGGAGGCAUCUCCUGGGGAUUCCACAGUGGAGGACCUGGAGUUUGGAGGUCUACCAAGAGAAGAAUCAGAAGGAGAAGAGGAGGAGGGAGAAGACUUUGAAGGAGAAGCAGGGCAGGGAAGUAUUGAAAAUGAUGGAGGACUCGGCAAAGUUCAAGCGGACAACACUGUUGAGUUUGAGGAGGAAGGAGAAAGUACUGAAGACACAGAAGGGGAUAUAGGAGAGCUAGAAAUGGAUGAGGAAGAAGAAGACACACACAGAAAGAAAAAGCAAGAAGACAAAGCAGAUGAUCACAGCUCAAGUGUGUCUCCUGAAAGGAUUGACAGAGAAGAAGCAAGACGAAGACCCACACUGAAAUAUGAAGAAGGCCUUCUAGACCAAAAUGAUCUGGAAGAUAAGGAAGACCUGGAAGGAUCACCAAGACUGGAGACCCAAACAACCGACCACCCCACCAUGAUGGUGGAGGAAGCAGGCAUCCAAAACAACCAACCUGGUAGCCUUAGCUCUUAACCUGGAGGAACCUUUCCUGAACAAGGCAAAGGAUCCCUUGUUCUUCUACAACAGUUUGUGAUGGCCUCCUGUAGCCUUUGCUAGACCUUUGUCUGUGUUUCAUAAAACUAUGUGAGAAGAAAGACCUAAAACCACAUUUUUUGUAGCAUAGAUUUUUGUGGUCUAACUUGAAGCCGAAGAGUAAGCCUUGAAAACAGUAUUAAAGACUUUCUGAAAAUUUCCAGAACCUCAGAGGUAACACGAGAUGGAUAUCAUCUUGCAUAAAGCUAAGUUAUUUUGCUUUGGAUAACAUCAGAAAUGCAGAACAGUGUUCCUCAGAUCUUUUUUUUGAGCUAUCAGUAUUGUUAGUGGUUCACCCGUAAAAUAUUCAGUAAUACUGAACUGAAACUGUGUUUUGGAAAAGAGAAGGAUGGGUUCUGGAACCACUGUUCUCUGAGCUAAGGAAAGCAAGCUGUUGUUCUUUCUGGGUUUGUAGAAUUUUGAAUGUUUCUCAAGGUUUUCUCAUUAUACUGUUGAGCACACCAAACUGUCUUUUGUCGUUCACACCAAGUGCCAGUAUUAGGAGUAAAAAAAAAAAAAAAAAAUAGGAAAAAAAAAAA